AACACUGAAGACUGGGAGGAAGUUUGAUAAUCGUAGUCUGUAAACAUAGCAAAUUCUUCUAUGCAUUUAUAUUUAUAAGUGCUCAUAUAUAAGGAAAGAGAUGUGGUUUAUCUAUUUGCUAAGCUGGCUCUCUCUGCUGGUUCAGAUCUCUUUCGUCACUCUCGCGAUCGCUGCGGGGCUGUAUUACCUGGCAGAACUGAUAGAGGAGUACACGGUUGCCACCAGCCGAAUUAUAAAGUACAUGAUCUUGUUCUCCACAGGUGUGCUGUUGGGGUUGUAUGUGUUUGAGGGUUUCCCGGUGCUGAUGGUGUGUGUGGGUCUCUUCACUAACCUGGUUUACUUCGGCCUGCUGCAGAGCUUCCCUUACAUCCUGCUGACCUCACCCAACUUCAUCCUGUCCUGCGCACUUGUGGUUGUGAACCACUAUAUGGCUUUCCAGUACUUUGCAGAAGAAUAUUACCCCUUUUCUGAGGUCCUGGCCUACUUCACCCUCUGCCUGUGGCUCAUCCCCUUCUCCUUCUUUGUGUCCCUUUCUGCCGGCGAGAACGUGCUGCCCUCCACCAUGCAGCAGGGAGAUGAUGUUGUGUCAAACUACUUCACCAAAGGAAAAAGGGGCAAGCGCUCUGGCAUCCUGAAUGUCUUCUCCUUCCUGAAGGAGGCAGUGUUGCCCAGCCGACAGAAGAUGUACUGAGGGUGGUGCCUGGGUGGGAGGCGGACCAAGAGGAAACGGGGGGUGGAGUCUGCUGUAGGAGGCGGGACAAGGGGAGGAGCCUGAGGGCUAGCAACCUUGAGUAAGGGGAGGGCUAAACAAAGGUCACUGGUAAUGACCAGGUCACAUGUAGGCUGUGUCAUGCGUCACUCAAACUGUCACACCGUUUACCCAGAAUUACCCCCCACCCCCUCAAAAGGACGUUCCUGGUGCACGUCCGACCUCCCUCUGUCUUUGAUUGCUUGUGUAGUGAAGGAGUGUUCGUUGUUAAGGAAGUAUGUCCUACUGAUGGCCGAGGGAGAAACUGUGGAGACCUGCAGCCAGAGAUUUGGGAAGCCACUUUCACAGUGUUCAACCUUUGGCUGGGACUGUGUGUGUGAGUGAGU